ACCGUCUCGUGUAUUGCCCUUUCCUUUCCGUUGUUUAGGGCCUCUCCCUUCUUCUCCAUUGCCGGCAGAGAUAGGACGAAGAGGAAGAGACAGAUUGAGAGAGAGAGACUCUUUUGUUGAUUAACGCUUCUACGAAACCUAUUUUUCUCUCUGCAAAAGUAAAGAGAAGCGUUUUCACGGCAAAUAUAGACAAUGUCAGAAGACGAGAAAUUGUUAAAGGAAGCGAAGAAGCUACCAUGGGAAGAUCGUUUGUUACAUAAAAAUUGGAAGGUUAGGAAUGAUGCGAAUAUCGACCUUGCUGGUCUCUGCGAUUCAUUUACUGAUCCUAAGGAUCCACGUCUCAGGGAAUUUGGUCAUUUUUUUAAGAAGACGGUUGCUGAUUCCAAUGCUCCUGUACAAGAGAAGGCUCUUGAUGCCCUAAUUGCAUUCUUACGAGCUGCAGAUGCCGAUGCUGGAAGAUUUGCCAAAGAAAUAUGUGACGCAAUUAUUGCCAAAUGCCUCACUGGUCGGCCCAAGACAGUGGAGAAGGCUCAGAUGGUUUUCAUGCUUUGGGUGGAGUUGGAGGCCACAGAAGUGUUCCUGGAUACUAUGGAGAAAGCAAUUAAAAAUAAAGUUCCUAAAGCAGUUGUGCCAGCUAUUGAUGUCAUGUUUCAAGCCCUUAGUGAAUUUGGUGCAAAAGUUGUUCCACCCAAAAGAAUUUUGAAGAUGCUUCCUGAACUUUUUGACCACCAAGACCAAAAUGUUCGUGCAUCUUCUAAAGGGUUGACACUUGAGCUUUGCCGCUGGAUUGGAAAAGACCCUGUGAAAUCGAUCCUGUUUGAGAAGAUGCGGGAUACUAUGAAAAAAGAGCUGGAUGCGGAGCUUGUCAAUGUCACUGGUGCAGCUAAGCCAACCCGCAAAAUUAGAUCUGAACAAGACAAGGAACUAGAGCCGGAGGUUGCAUCUGAAGUUGUGGGCCCUGGCCCAUCUGAAGAAUCUGCAGCUGAUGUUCCUCAGGAAAUAGAUGAAUAUGAACUCGUUGAUCCAGUUGAUAUUUUGACCCCAUUGGAGAAGUCAGGCUUUUGGGAUGGAGUGAAAGCUACCAAAUGGAUUGAGAGGAAGGAGGCUGUUGCAGAGCUUACAAAACUUGCGUCAACGAAAAGAAUAGCUCCUGGUGAUUUCACUGAAGUCUGUCGGACGCUUAAGAAGCUUAUCAUAGAUGUGAACAUAGCUGUUGCAGUUGAGGCAAUCCAAGCUGUUGGGAAUCUGGCUAGGGGUUUGAGGACUCAUUUUUCUGGGAGUUCACGCUUCCUUUUGCCAGUUUUACUCGAAAAAUUGAAAGAGAAGAAACCGACCCUUGCAGAUGCACUUACUCAAACGCUACAGGCAAUGCACAAGGCUGGCUGCCUAACCCUUGUUGAUGUCGUAGAAGAUGUUAGAACUGCAGUGAAAAAUAAAGUUCCACUUGUCCGCUCCUUAACCUUGAACUGGGUGACUUUCUGUAUUGAGACAAGCAAUAAAGCUGUUGUUCUUAAGUUGCAUAAAGAUUACGUCCCCUUAUGUAUGGAGUGCCUGAACGAUGGAACCCCAGAAGUGAGGGAUGCCUCAUUUUCUGCUUUGGCUGCGAUUGCUAAGUUGGUUGGUAUGAGACCCUUGGAAAAAUCUCUGGAGAAACUUGAUGAGGUGAGAAAGAAAAAACUAGCUGACAUGAUUGGAAGUUCAGGUGGUGGUGGUGGUGGACUUCCAAGUACGGGCUCAGCAGCUGCUGCUUCGAUUUCGAGUGGGAGCAUCUCAUCAUCUAUGGCCAUCGAGAGUUCAUUUGCUAGAAAAUCUGCGGCAAGCAUGCUUAGUGGGAAGAAACCUGUCCAUGCAGCUCCGGUCAUUAAAAAGGGUGGGACAGUUAAAACAAUAGUUGGCAAGAAGGGUGAUGCUGUUGGACAGUCAAAGGCUGUGGGGUCAAUUGAACCUGAAAAUGUUGAGCCAGCAGAAAUGAGUCUUGAAGAAAUCGAAACCAGAUUAGGUUGCCUUCUCCAUGCAGAUACGGUAUCUCAACUGAAGAGUAGUGUGUGGAAGGAGAGGCUUGAAGCAAUUGUCUCUCUGAAGCAGCAGGUAGAAGGUCUUAAAGAGAUUGACCAGUCAGCAGAGUUUUUGAUUCGUUUAUUAUGUGUCGUUCCUGGGUGGGGUGAGAAAAAUGUUCAGGUCCAACAACAGGUUAUUGAAAUUAUUACUCACAUUGCUUCAUCAGUGACUAAAUUUCCGAAACGAUGUGUUGUAUUGUGCCUUCUAGGUAUAAGUGAACGGGUGGCUGAUAUUAAGACCCGUGCUCAUGCGAUGAAGUGUUUGACUACUUUCUCUGAAGCAGUGGGUCCAGGAUUCAUUUUUGAAAGACUUUACAAAAUCAUGAAAGAGCACAAGAAUCCCAAGGUUCUUAGUGAGGGCAUUUUGUGGAUGGUUUCUGCGGUUGAGGACUUUGGCGUUUCACAUUUAAAGCUUAAGGAUUUAAUUGAUUUCUGCAAGGAUACAGGUCUUCAGUCGAGUGCCGCUGCCACUAGAAACGCAACCAUAAAGCUUAUUGGUUCACUGCAUAAGUUUGUUGGUCCAGAUAUUAAAGGGUUUCUUGUGGAUGUCAAGCCCGCACUUCUUAGUACACUUGAUGCUGAGUAUGAGAAAAAUCCAUUUGAGCAGGGGGCAUCAGCAGCUCCAAGAAAAACUGUUAAGGCGUCGGACUCUGCUUUGUCUAUGUCUGCUGUUGGAUUGGAUGGCCUGCCUCGUGAGGAUAUUAGUGGGAAAAUCACGCCUACUCUACUGAAGAACUUGAGUAGUUCUGAUUGGAAGGUCCGUUUGGAAUCUAUUGAAUCAGUCAAUAAAAUUUUAGAAGAAGCCAACAAACGCAUUCAACCGACUGGAAUGGGGGAGUUAUUUGCUGCUCUUAGAGGCCGUCUAUGUGACAGUAACAAAAAUUUAAUAAUGGCAACCUUAGCCACCCUUGGUGGUGUUGCGUCUGCUAUGGGUCCAGCUGUUGAGAAGGCAAGCAAGGGAAUUCUCUCUGAUGUUUUGAAAUGCCUCGGUGACAAUAAAAAGCAUAUGAGAGAGUGCACUCUGAAUACCUUGGAUUCCUGGGUUGCUGCUGUUCAUCUUGAUAAGAUGGUUCCAUACGUUACGGCUGCAUUGACUGAGGCCAAGCUUGGUGCGGAAGGGCGAAAGGAUCUUUUUGAUUGGUUAACCAAACAACUUUCUGGAUCAAGUGAUUCAUCUGAUGCCUUUAACUUGCUGAAGCCAGCUGCCUCUGCUAUGACGGACAAAUCGUCAGAUGUUCGGAAAGCAGCAGAAGCAUGCCUUGGCGAAAUUCUGAGAGUUUGUGGACCGGAAGCUGUGUCCAAGAAUAUAAAGGAUUUACAUGGACCUGCUUUGGCUCUGGUUCUUGAACGUUUAAAACCAUCUGGGGCUCUCCAAGAUUCCUAUGAUUCAGUGAGAGGAAUUCCAACUACGCUAACAUCUAAAACUAGCUCAAAGGUUGGAAAAUCUAGUUCAAAUGGUUGUGUUGAUCGUGUGUCAAAGCAUGGCAGCAGAGCUAUUUCUUCGAGAGCUAUUCCUGCAAAAGUUUCAAGGUUAGAUUCCAUUGCGUCUGUCCAUGAUCUUUCUAUCCAGUCUCAGGCUUUGUUAAAUAUCAAAGACUCAAACAAGGAAGAUAGGGAGAGAAUGGUUGUACGCCGAUUCAAAUUUGAAGAGCCACGAUUGGAGCAGAUUCAAGAUCUUGAGAGUGAUAUUAUGAAGUAUUUUAGAGAAGAUCUACAUAGGCGGCUGCUGAGCACAGAUUUUAAGAAACAAGUUGAUGGGCUUGAGAUGUUACAAAAGGCACUCCCAUCCAUUGGAAAAGAAAUAAUUGAGCUUCUGGACAUAUUUUUGCGGUGGUUUGUUUUGCGGUUCUGUGAGUCAAACACGACAUGUCUUCUGAAGGUCUUGGAGUUUCUUCCUGAACUUUUUGAUAUGUUGAAAGAUGAGGGUUGUACUCUUACUGAAGCAGAAGCAGCCAUUUUUCUUCCAUGCUUCAUAGAGAAGUCUGGACAUAACAUUGAGAAAGUACGGGAAAAAAUGCGGGAACUUGCGAAACAAAUUGUUCAAUUAUAUUCAGCAAGCAAGACUUUUGCGUAUGUAUUGGAGGGUUUGCGCUCUAAAAACAAUCGAACUCGGAUAGAAUGUGUUGAUCUUAUUGGUUUUCUAAUUGAUCAUCAUGGACCUGAGAUAGGUGGACAAUUAAAGUCCUUGCAGCUUGUUGCUAGCUUGACAUCUGAACGAGAUGGUGAAAUUCGGAAAGCUGCUCUUAAUACUCUCGCCACUGCAUACAAAAAUCUUGGAGAGGACGUGUGGAGGUAUGUCGGGAAGCUGUCUGAUGCUCAGAGAAGCAUGUUGGAUGAUAGAUUUAAGUGGAAGGCCCGUGAGAUGGAGAAAAGGAAGGAAGGGAAACCAGGGGAAGCUAGAGCUGCUUUGAGGCGUUCUGUUAGGGACAAUGGGCUAGAUGUAGCGGAGCAGAGUGGGGAAGUUCUUGCACGCUCUAUUUCGGCCCCAAUCUUUUCAAGGGAAAACAUUGUUCAUUCUGAACCUUACGUGGAGAGGCAUCAAUUCAGCCGUUCAAUGGCUAGUGCAAAUGGCCCAUCAGACUGGAACGAGGCUCUGCAUAUCAUCUCAGUUGGCUCCCCUGAAGAGUCGGUCGAGGGUAUGAAAGUGGUUUGUCAUGAGUUGGCACAGGCUACUAGCGAACCUGAAAGCAGUGCAUUGGAUGAUCUGAUCAAAGAUGCAGAUAGACUUGUUGCAUGCCUGGCAACCAAGGUGGCCAAGACCUUUGAUUUCAGUUUGGGUGGAGCUUCCUCAAGGUCAUGUAAAUAUGUCUUGAACACACUCAUGCAGACUUUCCAGAAUAAAAGGCUUGCCCAUGCUGUGAAUGAGAGUACACUUGAUACCCUUAUCACUGAACUUCUGCUUUGGCUUUUAGAUGAAAGAGUUCCACUUAUGGAUGAUGGUAGUCAGCUUCUAAAAGCAUUGAAUGUUCUGAUGCUCAAGAUUCUGGACAAUGCAGAACGCACAUCAUCAUUCGUUGUUCUGAUUAAACUAUUGCGCCCGUUGGACCCCUCAAGAUGGCCAUCACCUGCAUCAAAUGAGACCUUUGCGGCAAGAAAUCAGAAGUUCUCAGAUCUAGUUGUGAAAUGCCUUAUCAAACUGACCAAAGUUCUUCAGAGCACAAUCUUUGAUGUUGACCUUGACCGUAUCCUUCAAAGCAUCCAUUUGUACCUACAGGAAUUAGGGAUGGAAGAAAUCCGGAGGAGAGCUGGUGCUGAUGACAAACCUUUGCGAAUGGUCAAAACUGUUCUGCAUGAACUAGUUAAACUUCGUGGGACAGCAAUAAAGGGUCAUCUUUCCAUGGUUCCUAUAGACAUGGAACCUCAACCUAUUAUUCUUGCCUACAUUGACCUUAAUCUGCAGACACUUGCUGCAGCUAGGAUGUUGACCCCCACUGGCCCUGUUGGUCAAACUCAUUGGGGCGAUUCUACAGCACACAAUCCAUCACCUGCCACUCAUUCUGCAGAUGCUCAAUUGAAGCAAGAACUUGCUGCGAUAUUCAAGAAAAUAGGAGACAAGCAAACAUCGGCAAUUGGUCUCCAUGAAUUGUACCGCAUUACCCAACUGUAUCCUCAGGUUGAUAUAUUUGCUCAGCUCCAGAAUGCAAGUGAUGCAUUUCGCACAUACAUCAGAGAUGGAUUAGCUCAGGUGGAAAGGAAUGCAGCUGCUGGGAGGACACCUUCAAGUCUGCCAAUGUCAACUCCUCCCCCAGUUUCUCUUUCCCUCUCAUCCCCGAAAUUAGCUCCAUUAUCACCUGUACAUACACAUAGCCUGAAUGACGCCAAGUCGGUAAAUGUGAAGAUUGAAUCCACAGAUCAGAGUCUGCCUUCGGCUUUGGCUGAAGUGGACAGGGCAGGUAAUGUUAUUUCUUUAAGAGCACCAACAUUUCCUCAUCCAGAGUUGAGGCAACAUGUUGGGGAUGAGAGGAAUGACAGAUAUCCAUCUGGAGUAAUUGCAGUAACCAGUGGGACUUUGGAUGCAAUCAGAGAAAGGAUGAAGAGCAUUCAGCUAACUGCUGCUGCAGGGAACCAAGAAUCCACAAAUAAGACAUCAAUGUACAUGAAUGGUAAUGAAACCCAUGAACUCCAGAAUCAGAUUCCUCAUGGAUCGGCCCCUGUUGAUGCCGAAGAUUCCACUCAAACUGCGGUCCUCCCUAUGGACGAGAGGGCACUCUCUGGCCUUCAAGCCCGUAUGGAAAGACUCAAAAGUGGGACACUUGAACCCCUGUAAACUUAUAGUGCUCUAUUUCUGUAUUUAGAAUUGUAGCAUUUUUGGCUUUCUGUUUAGUAAUGGGGUGUUUUGUGCAACUCAUCUCGUCUUUUGUUUUGUGAUUGGCAUCCAUUUUUCAAGUAGAAUUCUUCUGUAUACGAAAUUGUAAAAGGCAGAUUUAAUACCUGUAUCUGGCUUUGCUGCCCCAUUUAUUGAAGUUUAGAUGUUUGAAUUGGUCACUGCUUUUGUAAAUAAAUAUUUUCAUUCAAUGGAAGCUACACUCUCUACAGAGUUGAUCCAAA